UUCAAGUAUUAGAUACAUAGGAUUAUAAAGCCAUUUACUUUGCUUAUUAUAUUAUGUCAAAUUUAUUUGUCAUGACUACGUUAUACGUAGCCCUUGCUACGAGUUUUAUGUUUUACGUAGCCCUUGCAUCCGAUCCUACACCUCUUCAAGAUUUUUGUAUAGGUGUAAGCAACCCUCAUUCAGCAGUGGUCGUCAAUGGAAAGCUUUGCAAGGACCCUAAUCAUGUGACUAUAAACGAUUUCUUGUUCAAAGGGUUUAACAUUCGCGGAGACACAUACAACACUGAUGGAGCAAAUGCAACACUAAUCGACAUUAAUCGAUUCCCCGGUGUUAACACACAAGGGGUGUCCUUGGCACGGGUAGACUUUGCACCCUUUGGUCUAAACACCCCUCACUGGCAUCCUCGUGGCUCGGAGAUUUUUGCCGUGGUGGAGGGGUCACUGUAUGCCGGUUUUGUGACAAGUGAUAACAAGUUAUAUGACACAAUACUUAAGAAAGGUGAUAUGAUUGUUUUUCCUCAAGGUCUAAUCCAUUUCCAAGCUAAUAUUAAGAGGACAGAUGCUUUGGCUGUUGCUUCAUUUGGAAGCCAAAAUCCGGGGCGAGUUAAUGUUGCUAAUGGUGUGUUUGGGACUAAACCACGAAUUUUAGAUGGUGUUCUUACCAAGGCGUAUCAGGUGGAUAGGAAGGUGGUAGAGCAACUUCGUGCCCAAUUUCUGAAUGAAAACAUGUCAAUCAACACCGCCGAAUUGAUUAGUACAUACUAAUGAAUCAUGUACUAUAUAUGUAGUGUGGUCAUGAACCACGGUGCAGUGGUGUGUGUGUUCUAUAUUUUAUGUAUGAAGCUAAGUACUGUAUUGUACGUUUUAUUGUAGUUGUGGUUUUAAGCUAGGUUUACGUUUACCAGUGUUUACAGUUAAGUUCGUUAUGUUUAAUUUUAUAGUUGUAAUUUAUAAGUUUGUAUGUAACGAUAUUUGCAAUAAAUAAA